CCUACGGUAGCCUACGGUAUCAAUCAGUGCAACAUAACUGAUUGGACAUACGGUUAGCCUACUCUCUUCUGACCUCCCAAACCGAAUGAAAGUGUGUCUUCGUCUCAUCUGUAAUUAACACCGACAGGAAAAAUAAAACAGCUUUAGGACAAGAUUGUUAUUUGACGAUUGCGGAAGCAGCGUAGGCCUACAGCCAACAGUAGCCUACAGUGAAUCCAGUCAGAGCGGUGGAGGUAGGCUACGUUUAACUUUUAAACUUACCGAGGCCUUGCGCUGCCAUCACACCCGACGCGUUUACAUCAAAGCCAAACUCCACACGACAGAGGAAAAGACGAAAGACCGCAGGAGAAUAAUCAAGUCUAGUGCACAAGAGCGAACCCCCACUGCAUGCUGCAUGCGAAAGUGAAAGCCACCGCCCAAUGCUCCUCACCGUCGGAAUUUGAUAGUUUUCUGUAGACCAAAUUGCCAACUAAUUAAAAUCGGGUCGAUAGUUUUUGCGGUAGGCUAUCCUGUUUAUAGUCCAACAAAUGAAGAAACGAAGCGCGCCUAUCGAAAACUCCUCGUCAAAAGGAAAAAAAACGACACCAAGCCGCAAAAGAACUCUGAAGUGCGUCAACAGCGCAGACUUCUUCAGCUAUUUGCCGCUAAAGUGAAGGUUAAUCAGAAGCCUACCCUAGAGCUUACCUAGGAUCAGUUUAGAAAUUGGUGAGGAAUUUACAAAGUUUAGAAAUUGGUGAGGAAUUUACAAACAAACCACAAAGAAAACAUUAUCGUCUAAGCCGAGUCUUAGUCAGAAAAGCUGCAUCGACUGAAGUGCGCCACAAGAAGAAAACAUUGGGAAACUAAAGCAACCUGUUUCAGGUUUGCUGAUUUUCAGAAAUGGAUCCAGGUCUCACCAUCGUUCUUCUGGGAAACACUGGAGUCGGGAAAAGUGCUUCAGGAAACACCAUUCUUGGAGAUAAAAUAUUUGAGUCCAGGCGCACUUUUAAGUCUGUUACAACAGAAAUCACAGUGAUACCUAAAAAAUUGUUUGGGAAAAACGUAAAAGUGGUUGACACUCCAGGGAUAUUAUCUACUGGUUCAGAAGAGAUUACUAUCUUCUGUCAGCGGCUGCUUCAGUCCUCCAGACCUUGUUUGUUCCUGGUAGUGGUUAAAAUUGAUCGAUUCACUGUGGAGCAGGAAAAGGCUGUGAAUGCAGUGAUCAAUGUUAUCGGAGAUGAAGGACUAAAAAACGGCUAUAUGCUCUUCACUGGAGGAGAAUACUUAGAUGGCACACCAAUUGAUGAUUUCAUCAAAGAGGAUCAAGAAGGUCUACUUCCAACACUCACUAAAAGGUUUGAUGGAAGGUAUCAUGUGUUCAGCAAUGACAAAGGAGAUCAGAAACAAGUUGAGGAAUUGCUUGAGAAGUGGAAUCACCUUCAAACCAGCAAGCAAGGUUCCUGUCCACAAGAUAUUCCUAGCGGGUCUCUUUUGGAGGACAGGAGGAUUGUGUUGCUCGGUCUACCCGGAGCUGGGAAGAGUUCAUCAGGAAACACUAUCUUAGGAUGUAAAAUGUUUGAGUCAGGCUGCGACUUUGACGCAGUCACUACUGAGUGCACUAGUGGAUCAGCGGAGUUGAAGGGUCAAAAAGUUACAGUGGUAGACACACCAGGAUUCAGUGAUAAAGUUCUGACUCGUCAGAAGUUGUUAAAAGAGAUCGGGAAGAUGGUGGAGGAGGCGAAACCAGGACCACAUGCCUUUGUUUUUGUGGUCAAAUUAGGCAGAAUCUCGGAAGGAGAUGCCUACCUGCUAAAUAAACUACCAAAACUGUUUGGCGCUGAUGUUUUAAAGUACUGUAUGGUACUUUUCACUAAUGGAGGAGAGCUGGAAAACAGAAGGAAUUCCGUGGAACAAUUGAUUAAGACCAACAGAAAUGUGGAUAAACUGGUCUCCAUGUGUAGUGGGAGAUACUGUGUGUUUGAUAAUAAUAAAAUGAAAAGAGACAGACAGCAGGUUGGAAACCUCCUGGAUAAAAUAGAUGAAAUAGUCACAGUUAAUCAAGGAAGGCACUACGGAAACUUGAAAAUGCCUAGAAUUGCAGAUACCGACAGAUCCGGUCAGUCAGGUACAUCAAGUCCAGCAAAUAGGCCAAUCUCUGAAAAUACAUGGCGAACACCAUUGGAGAUGCUCAAAGACUUAAUUAAGUGGCUCCAAACAGCAAUUAAGAGAUUGUUGAAUAAUUCUAUACCAACUUAAGGAGGUACACUUUUGAGAUAGUUUACUUGAAAAAAAUAUGACACAAACAGAUUAAGGAUUAUCAAAAUAGUUUGCAAACUUGAAGCCACAUUCAAUGAUUUGUUACUGUCAUUCCUACAUGGAGCGAAAUUUGGUUCUCAGGUUUGCUUAAUUAAACAAAGCCCAAAAAUUAGUACAACAAAAUAGCUCACAAAAUAGUAUAAAGCAAAUUACAAAAAGGGGUAAAACAAUAUAAAAAAGUAAAGUUAUGUGUAAUACAAAUGUAUCAUCCUAUCUAAAAAUCUCUUUAGUCUGCAUCUCUUGCAGAGUAGCUGAACUCCUUCUAUGCCCGCUUUGAAAAUUACAUCAGGUCAGAGGCUCUGUUAGAGCAAGACUGCUGCCCAUUUCAGUUAUCUGAAAGAGAUGUGUGUAAAUCAUUUAUAAGGGUGAAUACACAUAAAGCUCCAGGACCCGACAACAUCCCAGGUUGUGUUCUCAAGGGUUGCGCAUCUGAACUGGCUGAGGUCUUUAUGGACAUCUUUAAUCUCUCCCUGCAUCAGUCUGUUAUCCCCGCAUGUUUCAAGAGGUCCACCAUCAUUCCAGUCCCUAAGAAAUCAACAGUAAGCUGUCUUAAUGAUUACAGACCUGUUGCUCUCACUUCUGUUGUUAUGAAGUGUUUUGAGCGGUUAGUUAAAAAUCAUAUUACAUCCUCCCUGUCUUCUACAUUAGAUCCACUCCAGUUUGCCUAUAGGCCAAACAGGUCCACAGACGCUUUGAACUUUGAACACUGCUCUCUCACCUGGAUAAGAAAAACACCUAUGUACGGAUGCUCUUCAUCGACUACAGCUCCGCUUUUAACACCAUAGUUCCAUCCAAGCUGAUCAUGAAAUUGAGAGACCUGAACAUCAGUCCCUCUCUGUGCAGUUGGAUCCUUGACUUCCUGACUGACAGGACACAGGCGGUACGGCUGAGUAACAUCAUCUCAGACUCCACUAUAACACUCAGCAGGGAUGUGUGUUAAGCCCCCUGCUGUACUCGUUGUAUACUCAUGACUGUAUGGCAACUCACACCUCAAACACCAUCAUUAAGUUUGCUGAUGACACCACCAUAAUCAGCUGUAUCACGAGUGAUGAUGAGUCUGCUUACAGAGCAGAGGUGGCAACCCUGACAUCCUGGUGCCAAGACAACAACCUGCUGCUCAACAUCAGCAAAAUCAAGGAGUUGAUUGUGGACUACAGGAGACAGCAGGAAGAGCACGCACCCAUCUAUAUUGGAGGCACAGCAGUAGAGAGUCAGCUGCUUCAGAUUCCUUGGAAUUAACAUCAGUGAGGAUCUGAGCUGGUCACACCAUAUAGGUAUGGUCACAAAGUCAGCAAGACAGCGACUUGUCUUUCUUCGGCGGCUGAGGAAGUUUGGUAUGGACGGUGAAAUACUGAUCAACUUCUACCGCUGUACCAUUGAGAGCAUCCUGACCAGCAACAUUACAGCAUGGUAUGGUAACAGCACCGCUCAUGAUCGUAAAGCUCUGCAAAGGGUGGUCAGGUCAGCGCAGCCCAAUACAAGGACUGAGUUACCAACUAUCCAGAACCUUUACAGUCAGCACUGCAGGAGGAAGACCAAGUGAAUCCUCGCUGACCCCAGUG